AUGGAUCAGGUUGUGAACGAGCAGAGGGUGAUGAGGGCCGUGGAUGCGAGCGGGCGAGAAGGGUUCUUGCCGUUGCGUGCGAGUCGGCACGAUUCUCAGAAUUUCUAUUUGGUCACGCCGUACUGUUUCAAGGGUGAUCUUGCGCGGGUGAUCCAAUUCUGGGGCAGCGGCAAGAUACCUCACUCCCUCAGCCGGUACUACGCUGCCAAGCUCCUAAAAUUAUUGGAAGGGCUUCAUGGCUUUGGUAUCAUACACAGGGACUUGAACCCUGCCAAUAUCCUUUUCGACGCGGAAGGUUGCCCUCUCAUCGGCGACUUCGGUCUGGCUAGGAUGUUUCAUGUCUCCUAUGACCUUGAUGGUGAGGUGCUACUGCCAAUGACGGGUCUGUUCGAUCGGAAGGCCGACAAGCCUGCAAAGCACACCUACUUGAACUGCGGCACGACCGCAUACAUGUCUCCUGAGGCGCUCAAGCGUCACCUUUAUUCGUACGAAUCUGAUCUUUGGUCGUAUAGCUGCAUCUUGUAUGAGAUGCUUACGGGUCGCGCUGCCUUUGCCAGUGCGGACGCCACACUGAGCGAAGAAGCAGCAUUCAAACCCUGUGACUCCGUCGACCCGUUGACUCAGAUCUUUGUCCAUCUCGUGCUCAACAAGGAGCGCGCUGACAGACCGAAGCUUUCUGCGAUGAAGUCGCACCCCUACUUCAUAUCUAUUGACUGGGAGAGGAUCUCAAAGAACGAGAUCAAACCGUCGUGGGUCCCGCUUACCCGAAACCCAUUCAUGCGCUCCUACAUAUAUCUCUCCAUUGGACCUCCAACCUCCCCCAGUCAAGACCCGUCCCCGGACUUUGCUUUCACUUCUCCUAAUCUAUUCGAUAUCACUCUGCCUCUUACCAAGGAGACGGAGUCGUCUACCCCUCCCUGUGACCCCACCGCUGUCGAGUGCAGCGUCUUGCGUGGGUUUUUCAGCAAAGCGUUUGGGUGA